GAAGAGAUGGAAUACGUCGAACUCUUAGCAGCAGAAAAACAUCAGGUUGAAGCCCUUAAGAACAUGCAGCAUCAAAACAAAAGCCUGUCAAUGCUUGAUGAAAUUCUGGAGGAUGUCAGGAAGGCAGCCGAUAGACUGGAAGAGGAAAUAGAAGAGCAUGCCUUUGAUGACAACAAAUCUGUAAGAGGCGUUAACUUUGAAGCGGUUUUAAGGGUAGAAGAAGAUGAAGCCAACUCCAAAAGAAAUGCUUCAAAACGAGAAGUAGAGGAUGAUUUAGGUCUUAGUAUGCUUAUUGACUCCCAGAACAAUCAGUAUAUCCUUACCAAACCCAGGGAUUCAACCAUUCCUCGUGCCGAUCAUCACUUCAUAAAGGAUAUUGUGACAAUAGGAAUGUUGUCUUUGCCAUGUGGCUGGCUGUGCACGACAAUAGGGUUGCCAACCAUGUUUGGGUAUAUCAUCUGUGGAGUGCUCUUAGGACCAUCAGGACUAAAUAGUAUCAAGUCUAUUGUACAGGUGGAGACGUUGGGAGAGUUUGGUGUAUUCUUCACUCUUUUUCUAGUGGGUCUGGAAUUUUCUCCUGAAAGAUUAAGAAAGGUAUGGAAGAUAUCUUUGCAAGGACCCUGCUACAUGACAAUUCUGAUGAUUGCCUUUGGUUUACUAUGGGGACACUUGCUGCAAAUUAGACCAACGCAGAGUGUCUUCAUUUCCACAUGUUUAUCUUUAUCGAGCACGCCGUUGGUGUCGAGAUUUCUUGCAGGUAGUGUUCGAGGAGAUAAAGAAGGGGAUAUUGACUACAGCAGCGUACUACUUGGCAUGUUGGUGAUGCAGGAUGUGCAGCUGGGUUUAUUUAUAGCUGUCAUGCCUACACUUAUUCAAGCAGGAGUAAGCACGUAUUCCAGCAUUUUCAAGGAAAUACUGAGAAUACUGAUACUGAUUGGCCAAAUUCUCUUCUCUCUGGCUGCUGUUUUUCUUCUAUGUCUUGUUAUAAAGACUUAUCUCAUAGGACCGUAUUACCGGAAGCUGCAUGCAGAAAGCAAAGGGAAUAAAGAAAUCCUCAUUCUAGGAAUUACUGCAUUCAUCUUCCUUAUGUUAACGAUCACAGAGCUGUUGGAUGUUUCGAUGGAGCUGGGAUGCUUCUUAGCUGGAGCUCUGAUCUCUUCUCAGGGUCACAUGGUUACUGAGGAGAUUAUGUCCUGUAUUGAACCAAUACGUGACUUUCUUGCCAUCGUUUUCUUUGCAUCCAUAGGGCUUUUUGUUUGGACUCCAUGUAUAAUAUACGAACUCACAGUCUUACUAUUCCUUACAUUGUCCGUGGUCAUCAUGAAGUUUGUCUUGGCAGUGCUCGUGCUUUCUCUGAUUCUUCCCAAGACCAGCCAGUAUAUCAAGUGGAUUGUCUCAGCGGGACUGGCACAAGUCAGCGAAUUCUCUUUUGUUCUGGGAAGUAGAGCACGCAGAGCAGGGAUCAUAUCUCGGGAGGUCUAUCUUCUUAUUCUGAGCGUGACUACUCUGAGCCUUUUACUUGCCCCUGCCCUGUGGAGAGCUGCAAUUAUGAAGUGUGUUCCAAGACCCGAAAGACGCUCAAGUACCUGAUUUAAGACUUGCACAUGUAUGACAACAC